AUGAGAGGCGCCAAAAUCGCCAUGGAAAAAACGCUAAAUCAAUCGAAAUCUUCUUCGUUUUCACGCCCAGAAUAUGUUAAUUCUAUAAUUAACCCAUACAUAACACAUGAGACGGUUCCGAUUUCCGUGGAAAUUGAAAAACCCGACACUGCUGCGGUCGUGCCACUGCCGCAACAACAAACUAAACCUAACAUGUGUGCAGCUUGCCGGAGGCGUGUGGGACUGACGAGAUUCAAGUGCAAGUGUGGGGUCAUGUUCUGUGGAUCCCAUAGGACUUCAACGAUUUUGCCACGUGCUUGUAAGGAAUUUGAUGGUUGA